AUGGAAGCAACCAUAAGAAGAAUCCUAGAUGCGGUUUUUCCCUCAGAUGAGGAUGACACAUCAGACUUGCAAUUGCAUCCGGCGUUCUCACUUAUAUCAGGCACUCCAAAUGAUGUACCUUAUACUGAUACAGAAGUAAAUGCAAUUAUGCGAAAUCUGCCGAAGAAGAAAGCUCCAGGUCCCGAUUCUUUAGAUUACGAUAUCAUUAGAGCGGUGCACAGAGCGAAUCCGAAAUUUCUUGUCACCUACUUCAAUAAGCUCCUCUCUCUGCAAUAUUUUCCUAAGUCCUUUAAGAUCGGGAUCAAGCAUCAUUUAACUUUGUCUGGCCACAUCUCAGAGGCGCAGUUUGGCUUCAGGGAGAACCGUUCCACUCUUAACGCUCUUGACAUUGUUAAAGAUGAAGUUCAAAAGAUCAAAGAAGAUAACCAGCAUGCGGCCGUCCUCAGCCUUGACUUACAGAGUGCGUUUGACUCCCUGUGGUGGCCUGCCAUCAUUGAAGCUUUACAUGCGGCAAGCGUGCCUAAUAAUCUACUACAACCUAAACAAACCAUCAUAAGGAACCCGUGCAUCAAGCUAAGAGGAGUGACGGUCAAGAGGGUCAAGGAGCUAAAACUCCUUGGCCUCAUCUUGGAUGAAAACCUCACUUGGAUUCCUCACUUGCAAGCCCAAAGGGUCAAAGCCACAAGAAUAGCAACUAGAAUUAAAAAUAUGCAGGGCAAAGAUUGGGGAUUACGACCCCACUUCCUCAAGACUAUUUACAAGACGGUAGUAGUAGAAAAAAUAGUUUUGUAUGGGGCAGCUAUUUGGGCCCUACCCAUGACUGCGAGGAAAUUGAAUUUACUUAAUAGCAUUCAACGACCUUUCGUCCUUGCUAUCAUGAAAACAUACAGGACAACGGCCACAGCAGCGGCAGCGGUUCUAGCUGGACUUACUCCUCUGCCAAUAGCCGCAUUACAAGAGGCAACUGUCUCUACUGUCAUGCUUCUUAGGAAGUCAGCCUCAUUUAGGGGAACUACAUUUGUACCAUCAGACUUUGAGAACAAAAAUUCUCAGCUCAAAGUUCAUCCCGCUAGUUAUGGGUUGGGCAUUUGUGCCCAUACCUCUAUAUCUCAGGAUUUACGGGUAAGAGACACAGGCGGUGCAAAUACCAUCAGCAUAUUCACUGAUGGCUCAAAAAUCAACGAAGAGGCAGGCUGCGCUUUUAUUUCUCAUUAUCAUGAUAAAGUCUUAGAAACUUGGAAAGGAUACAUUGGACUUAAUAGAUCGGUAUUCCAAGCUGAAGCAGUAGCAUUGCGCCAGGCUAUAACAGCAGCUAUGAAGUUUGUUGACCCAGAAGUUUGCAUUUUCUCAGAUAGUCAGUCGGCAAUCUUUGCUCUUCGUGAUCCAUUCCAUCCAUCACCGAUCAUAGCAGAUAUACAAUGCCUGCUCAAAGAAAAUGCGCAUGACUGCAACAUCCAGAUUUUAUGGAUUAAAGCACACGCGGGCCACAGAGGCAAUGAGGAUGCAGACACUCUUGCAAAGGAAGCUGCAAAGAAUAUCGGUGCGCAAGAUGUCCAGAUCCCGCUUCCCAAAUCUUAUCUGAAGCGAGUCUGUCGCAUUAAAUCGCAGCAGCAACAAUGGCAAGAGGAAUGGGACUCUAUAUCGCAAGGCCGUAGAACCCAUGACUUUGUCCAUAGAGUUUCCCAAGAUCGACUCAUCUCAGCCCCUUUUCUUUCCCGUUUCAUUACAGGCCACGGACCAUUUCCCCAAUAUUUCUAUCAAAGGGGAAUAUCAACAACUGAUCAUUGUGUCUGUAAUGAAGUAGGUACACCUGAUCAUUACGUUACAUCCUGCCCUCUCACGGAAGAAUGGCACAUGAGGCUUCCUGAUACUGACAUUGCUUAUAAACCCUUUUUCAUUAAGCAGCCGGUGUAUCUCAAGAAGCUCAAAAGCAUUAUGAACAAACUUGAAGCACUAGGACUAGAAUUAUGCAGCCCACAAUAA